AUUAAGCUUCAAUUCUCGUAUGCGAAGCUACGAUACUACUAUGGGCCUAUACAAGCUGAUUCAAAUUCUCUUAAUUUUAAGUUUCUUUCCACAAGUAACUUGUUUUAUUGAGGGGUUGUACUGUGGAAGAGACAAUUGCUACGAUGUUUUGGGCGUCACGCGAGAUUCAGAUACGAAAGAAAUCAGUAGGAACUAUAGAAAACUAGCUAAAACAUGGCAUCCAGAUAAGCAUAGGAAAAAAAGUCAAGAUAAGCAAGUAUUAGCUGAAGAAAUGUUCAGAAAAAUUGCUACGGCCUAUGAAGUUUUGCGAGAUGAAGAAUCGCGAAAAGAUUACGAUUAUAUGCUUGAUAAUCCAGAUGAAUACUACCACCAUUACUAUAGAUAUUACAGAACUCGUGUAGCACCUAAAGUGGAUGUUCGACUGGUCAUAGCCGUUGCAAUAACAAUCAUAUCUGUGAUACAGUAUUGGAGUUCAUGGAAUAAUUAUAAUGCUGCCAUAAAUUACUUUGCAAGAGAUCCUAAAUAUAAGAUAAAAGCAAUGGAAAUAGCAAAAAGAGAGGGUAUGUUAGAGACAAAUAAGAAAAAACAGAGAGGAAUUUCAAAAGAAGAAUUAAGAGAACAAGAAGAGAAUGUACUACGAAAAGUCGUUGCAGAAAAAAUGGAUAUAAGAGGAAGUUAUAGUAAACCAUCGAUCAAAGAUGUUUUAUGGUUUCAAUUGGCGCUUUUACCUUGGUAUACAUUCCAGUACAUCGUUUGGUAUAUAAGAUGGAUAUGGAAGUUCAAUAUCUGUGGAAAUCCAUAUACAAGAGAGGAACAUGAAUAUCUUAUUAGAAGAAAUAUGAAAUUGUCCGAAGGAAAAUGGAAUGCUUUAGAAGAAUAUGACAGAGAGGAUUUCUAUAGAAUGGAACUAUGGAUUGAUGAAAAAUUUCAGGAAUGGAAAGAGAAUAAAGAAGAAGAAGAAAAACAGAAACUUGCAGAAAGUAACAAAUAUAAAAUCUAUCGUCGUUACAUGAAGAGAGGUGGCCCUGGUCAGAUGGUUCUUGGACCAGAAUAA